UGUGUGAGUGUGUGUGUUUGUGUGUGUGCCGCGCGCUUGCUUGUGAUUUAAACCGGAUGCAGGGUAUCUGUUGUACUUGGGUUAGUAGUUAUUGACAGUGCUUUAUCCUUCUUGUAGAGAUGGGAGGGAGUAGUAGUGAGGUUCCAUUUCACUUUGAUGAACCUCCCCUCCCCACAGUGGAGUGUUAACAAUUUUCAUUGUGGUUAUGAGACUUCGUGUGUGAUGAACAGGGAAAGGACACAAGGAAGCUUUGAGAACUCACUUCACAAUGUUAUUUGUGACAGUUAUGGUACUUUAAGAGGUUUUUUUUUUUUUUUCAUCAUUUCCCUUUGAGAGUUGAAAUUGAAGUCAAGUUGUUCAUAAAGAAUGCAUGAAGCUUCUCAACUUGAAACAGACCAUCAUGCAGACAUCAGAGACUGGGUCGGACACAGGUUCGACAGUGACUUUACAGACAUCUGUGGCUAGUCAAGCAGCAGUGCCUACGCAAGUGGUACAGCAGGUACCAGUACAACAACAGGUACAGCAGGUACAGACUGUGCAGCAGGUACAACAUGUCUAUCCAGCUCAGGUGCAGUAUGUGGAAGGAAGUGACACUGUCUAUACCAAUGGGGCAAUCCGAACAACAACUUAUCCUUACACAGAAACACAGAUGUACAGCCAAAACACUGGAGGAAAUUACUUUGAUACUCAAGGGAGUUCUGCACAGGUGACUACCGUGGUCUCCUCCCACAGUAUGGUGGGUACUGGUGGGAUCCAGAUGGGUGUCACAGGAGGUCAACUCAUCAGCAGCUCUGGAGGAACCUAUCUGAUUGGCAAUUCAAUGGAGAAUUCUGGUCACUCAGUGACACACACUACUCGGGCCUCCCCAGCAACAAUUGAAAUGGCGAUUGAGACGCUGCAAAAGUCUGACGGUCUGUCCACUCACAGAAGCUCUCUUCUCAACAGCCAUCUCCAGUGGCUGUUGGACAAUUAUGAGACAGCAGAAGGAGUGAGCCUUCCCAGAAGCACUCUGUAUAACCACUACCUUCGACACUGUCAAGAACACAAACUGGACCCUGUUAAUGCUGCCUCUUUUGGAAAACUAAUAAGGUCAAUUUUUAUGGGGCUGCGAACCAGGAGAUUGGGCACUAGAGGAAACUCCAAGUACCAUUACUAUGGAAUUCGUGUCAAGCCAGAUUCUCCUCUAAAUCGUCUGCAAGAAGAUAUGCAGUAUAUGGCUAUGAGACAACAACCCAUGCAACAGAAGCAAAGGUACAAGCCUAUGCAGAAAGUGGAUGGGGUUGCAGAUGGUUUCACAGGAAGUGGUCAGCAGACAGGCACAUCUGUUGAGCAAACUGUAAUUGCCCAAAGUCAACAUCAUCAACAGUUUUUAGAUGCAUCUCGAGCACUUCCAGAGUUUGGAGAAGUUGAAAUCUCUUCUCUGCCAGAUGGUACUACCUUUGAGGAUAUCAAGUCACUGCAGAGUCUUUAUCGAGAGCACUGUGAGGCAAUAUUGGAUGUUGUUGUGAAUCUUCAAUUUAGCUUGAUAGAAAAAUUGUGGCAAACAUUCUGGCGCUAUUCUCCCUCUACUCCAACUGAUGGCACUACUAUUACCGAAUCAAGCAAUCUGAGUGAAAUAGAAAGUCGACUACCGAAAGCAAAGCUGAUAACUCUGUGCAAACAUGAGUCUAUUCUGAAAUGGAUGUGUAACUGUGACCAUGGGAUGUACCAGGCUUUGGUGGAGAUUCUCAUCCCCGACGUCCUUAGACCUAUUCCUAGUGCCUUGACCCAAGCCAUUCGAAAUUUUGCAAAAAGCCUUGAAGGUUGGCUUUCCAAUGCCAUGAACAAUAUUCCACAGAGAAUGAUACAAACCAAGGUUGCCGCUGUAAGUGCCUUUGCCCAGACUCUGCGAAGAUACACGUCACUCAAUCACCUGGCCCAGGCAGCUCGUGCAGUACUUCAGAACACUUCUCAAAUCAACCAGAUGCUCAAUGACCUCAACCGAGUCGACUUUGCCAAUGUCCAGGAGCAGGCUUCCUGGGUGUGCCAGUGUGAUGACAACAUGGUUCAGAGACUAGAAACAGACUUCAAGAUGACUCUUCAGCAGCAGAGCACACUGGAGCAGUGGGCUGCAUGGCUUGACAAUGUAAUGAUGCAAGCCCUGAAACCCUAUGAAGGAAGACCCAGCUUUCCUAAAGCCGCCAGGCAGUUUCUACUGAAAUGGUCUUUCUACAGCUCAAUGGUUAUUCGGGAUUUAACUUUGCGCAGUGCUGCUAGCUUUGGCUCCUUCCACCUGAUCCGUCUACUCUACGAUGAGUACAUGUUCUACUUAGUAGAGCAUCGUGUUGCUCAGGCAACAGGAGAGACACCCAUAGCAGUCAUGGGCGAGACAUACCUUGUAGAUGAAAAAAAUACUCCUAUCAUGGAACUCUUUAUAAGCAAACUUCUGAAUUUUGGUGAUUUGAAUGCUGUAUCUCCUGGAAAUCUGGAUAAAGAUGAAGGCAGUGAAGUGGAAAGUGAAAUGGAUGAAGAACUGGAUGACUCUUCAGAGCCUCAAGCCAAAAGAGAGAAAACAGAGCUGAGCCAGGCGUUCCCAGUGGGCUGCAUGCAGCCUGUUCUUGAGAGCAGUGUGCAACCAAGCCUCCUGAAUCCAAUUCACAGCGAGCACAUCGUCACAAGUACUCAGACUAUCAGGCAGUGCAGCGCCACGGGAAACACCUACACUGCAGUCUAAAGAAUAUUAAAGUGUAUUUUUCCAGCUUACAUUAACCCUGUUGAUAUUGGGCUUAAGUUGAAAAUUUAAUAAGCCUGAAGGUCGACUGUUGUCAAAUUCUCUCUGUGCUGAACAUUACCUUUUUGGAGUUGUGAAAUGGAAUGGGUGUAUGUAUUUUGCCAGGUCUUUUUUUUUUUUUUAACCAAAUUAUUUGUCUCUUAAUAAUAAGAGGUUUUUUUUCUCUUAGUUUCAGGUGUCAAGAAGGAUUUUUACAACACUUAAUGUCAAUGUUUUUGUUUUCUUAUAAUUAAACAGUAAUUUACAUUUUUUGUAGCUUAAAUAUUUUAUUGUUGAUUGUUAGUCUUGGUGUAUGAUUUCAUGUGUAAGUUUUUUAAUUAGAUGCACUUCUGUGAAAUAUCAAAAGAAAUGAAUUUCUUUGAUUUACACUGGAGGCAUGCCCAUUUGGCAGCAGAUGCAUCAAAUUUGCUUUUGAAAGGUGCUUUUUAUUGGACAGAACCAUAAGACACUAUUUUGAUAACAUUUUGGAGUACAGAAAGAGAAUACAGAGCAUUUUUAUUAUAGUGCUAGAGGGUUGGGAAGGUCAUCUAUUUUUCUCUGAAGAAAAAUUGAGCUGUGCAUUUAUCAGUUCAGAGUAAAUGACAGAAUUGCAAGAGAUUAUGCUAAUAUGUACAUAAUUUAUGUACAUAAUUAUUAGACCAUGUUAACAAUGCAAGUUUCCAUGAGACAUUGAAUUUUAACCAUUAUUUGCACCCCAGUCCCUCUGUUUAAAGACUACUGAUUCUGUAUUUGGGGCCACUACAUAAGUGUGUUCUGCUGUUAAGUGGGGCUGUGAUAGUUAGAUACUGACGCUGAUAAAAUGACUUGACUUUUUUUUUUUUUUUUAAGUGUACAUGCUACUUAUGCUGAGCUGGACAUACAGGAAACCAUUCCAUUUGGAUGACUUUCUUUUAUUCCAGGUCUUUUUUCUAAUAGUAGUUCAAUAUGCUGCUAUUAUAAAAGAAAAUUUAUAGAAUGCAAGGAAUGUAGCAACCUGCAUAUCGUUAUUUCCUUCAAAAAUACUUCCUGGUUUCUAAAGUAUGUGGAUUUAAAUUUUAAACAGAACCUGAAGGCAGUGUAACUGGCACACCUCACCGUUACUUAUCCCCAAUUCUGUAGGAUUUGGAUAGGUGGCUGGAUGGAUCAUUGCCAUUGAAGAAUGUACAUCAGGGAUCAUCGUACCUCGGCUAUUACAUGGUGCCUUAAAACAGAACUGAAGCUAAGGUUUAGUAAGGUUUAUUUUGUUCAUGUGAAUAACUCUUCAAUCCAUUUGACAAAGUGUGCCUGUCAUUUUCAGAUUCCUGAAGUAAGGACAGGUUACAUGUUCUUCAAAGGAAAUUUAGAGAAAAUGAAGCAAAACAAAAAGACAAAAAUCAGUUUCCCUCUGAGUGACCAUGAACCUAUUUUUUAUUCUUAGAGUUGACUAUUACUUGAUUACAAAUCAGAUUGCUUAAGGGUAUGGAAUAGCAGGCUAGUUUUAAUACCAACUUGUUACAUAAAAUCAUAUGUUUUAGACCAUUCUUAUUUAGUUACAAUUCUAGAAAGUUACAAAAUAAGCAGGUACUUAUUGAAGUGCAUCUUUUCAGUCUAAAUGUUUGUCCGUGUGUCUAGGUGUCUGUGUGUUCACAUGCACACGAGUGCCCAUGGGGCAGGAUUCUGCUACAAAGUCAGAAGGUGAGUUCCUAGAGAGCAUGCACCCAUCCCCAUUUUAAUUUUCAUGAAAAGCCAAGGUUCUUUUAAGCACUCAAAUUAUUACCAGCAACAGAAAAGGCACAUCCUUUGAUUUUAAAUAGUUACAAAAUACUAAUCAGCAAACACUGAUAAAUAACUAAUUAAAUAAAGCCAAAAGAAAAAGGAAAGCACAAAAUGAUUUAAAGAUUACUAAUGAAAACUAUAUUGUAUUGGGGAGAGGGGGGGUUGGGAAGAAGAGGGUGAGCCAGUCUAUAAAGUUAAACAUACCAAAUGGCUUCUCAGGUAACAUACAGUGUAUUUGAGCUGUUGUUGCUUGAUUGCCUCAGACUAUUUUAAGUUCAACUGUGUUUCUUAAGCAAAUUUUCAAUGUUUUAAAUACAAUUUUUUAAAUUGAUUCAAAUUUUGUAUUUUACAAGAUAAUUAUAUAUUUGAAAGUCUUCACUAGCACCCUAGUAUCACCUUCAUCUAAACAUCAUUCAAAUGAUCAUCCCCCUUUUUCCUCCCCAAAAGGCAAUGAAUAUGCAUCUCACACACACACUUGAACAAACACACACACACACACACACACACAUACACAUACGCGUAGUAGAAAAAAGAAGUCAUAAGCUUCUAAAAACUAAAUAUCUCUUUUAUUGUUGCAUUAGGAUAUUUUCACAUAAAAUUAAAAUCAAAAAAGGAAAAAACACUCUUCAUUUUGGCUCUCCUUUCUGAGUUUUUUCAGUUUCCUGUCCCUACCCACUAUCCCCUGAGUGGUAUUACAUUUGUAUUGGACCAAAUGUAUUUACUGGUUUCAUCUUGUUUAUUGAAUGACUUUAAAUGUAUUUAUUAUCAUUGUUCUUUUAAUUUAAUGUCGGAUAUAUUUGUAUCACUAGAGGAUUCUGAUAAUAAUGGACAAAUUUAGAUUCAUGAGACUUGGGGGAUUGGGGACCCUCCAGGAUUCAACAUUUCUUCCAAUUGUUCAUGGUUUGUUCUAAAUUAGAGCAGAUUAGAAAUUGAUAAAUAUCACUGUAUUUGAAAUUGACUCAAUAAAAAUGUUCUGAUCUCUUUUGGAAAACUUAGAAAUAUUAAUCCUUCGUGGCCAGUGUAGAUUGUUGUGAUCAAUACACAAAAGACACCUACCUAUGGUUCACUCUACUUCCAGUUAUUUGUAGUCCACAGUACAACAUGUGCACAUGCUCACACAUUUUCAUUAAUGUUGAAUUUAAAAUGUUUUAGAAAAUUAAAACUAUAAUUUAUAUAUUAGAGCCAAUUGGAGCAAUCACAUUUGUUGUAAUUAUUGAAAUUGUUAUUUUCAUUCAUUGGAACUGUGACUUUCCUAAAUAAUAUAAGCCACUAAUACCCUCAUAAUAAAUUUAUUAACAAGUGACACAAGUACACAUUCUAAGGACUUAUUGGUAUUUCUUGGCAUUGUAAUCAUACAUAAGUUAUGAGAUAUAUGACUUAUAUAUAAGCCAUGUGCUAUACUUUCAAAGAGGAAGACUAUAAGGAAGGUAUGUUAGUUUUGGAAAAGAUAUUUCCAUUUGACAGGAUUGAGUAUCAUGGCUAUAGUGUGAUCUUGACAUACACUUUGAGGAUUACACCAAAGGAUUUACAUUUAUAAAACCAGUGAACAAUAGGAUGGAAUGGGUGAACCACUGGAACAUAGGGCCCAAUUCUCAGUUUUUUCUUCGAGUUUGCUGAUCACUUUUCAGGAUUUUCAUCCAAACUAUGUUUGGACUGACUGUUUAAGUCUUACUGCCUUUUCAGAAACCUGCUUUCCUUUUUGUGCUUUUUCUUGUACUGUAUAGCACGGUUCAUGCACCUCUCUUUAGAUGGUGUACUUUAAAAACAAAAGUAAAAUUUCAAAAAUGGUUUUAUCACUGCAUACCUAAAAUUAGUAGUGUGCAACAUUGACUGCCUUUGAUUUGUAGUAGACAAGUGAAAAGGAACACAUUCUUGUAGAAUGCUAUAAGUCAUUCAGGAAUGAAUAUGGUUUCAGUGCCGUAAUCAUGGACCUUUUUACAUGAAUACCCUGUCUAGAAAUACUAAAUGCAUUUUCAAAUUUAAAAAAAAAAUCAUUCAGAUAAUAUAUUUGAAAUGUCUAAAAUAAUGCUGUGCUUGAAACAUUAGUGUAAGAGAAAAAAAAAAAAGUUUGUCACUGUGAUGUUGGUCCUCCCUGUGUGGACACAAGUAGAAAGUUAAAAACUUGGCAAGUCACCUUUGUGUUCAAUAUGAGGCAGUGGUUAUAUAUGAUAAAUUGACUUUGUUAUAACCUCUCCCCCUCCCCAAAUUCUUUGGAGAAAUAACAACUAUCUAAAAGUUGAAGUCAAAGCUUUUGUGAUCUGUAUGAAUGUACCAGAACAUGGGGAAGGAGGAUCAGCAUGCAGUGCUCUUGAAAAUGGGGCUUGUCACUAGAUCAGAGCAGCCUCCAUGUGUAUGGUUAGAACAAAUCAAUUUAAUGGAAUCCUAGUAUUUCUGCAAGUUUGGUGAUUUUUAAAAACUGGAAUAGAAGCAUUAAUUCAGUGCUUAGUUCUAGUAUUAGAAAACCCCUUUGAUGUAAUGCCUUGUAUUAACCCUUUGAGCAUUGUAAGAUAUACAAUGGGGGACAAAAGCCUUUCAGAUCAUUUAUUUAGACUUAGACCGGUAAAAUAUACUCUAUAUCCAAAUGUCUAAUUAUGCUGUUUUUUUAAAGGGGGGGUAGGAAGAGAAAGUGUUUCCAUGCCGAAACACUUGCAUUUUAUAUACAACUCCUAAUUUUCCUUCAAGAGGGCUUGAUAUAUUUAUUCCCAAAUAUUCACUGCCAUCUAAGUAAGUGUACUGUUUACAGAAAAAGAAAUCAACUUUUCUAGCAUCACAUCAUGACGCUCUAGAAAAGGAGGGCAAAUACAUGGGCCUGUGUAGACCUAUGUCAUAACUGAUUUCUGCACAUUGAAGGUACCUAGAUUGCCUUUAAAAGGUAUGAUAAAGAAAGGGUUACAUUUCUUCUUUUUUCCCAAAACAAAAGAUCUCAUUUAUUUAGCUUUAGAAAAUACAAGUGUAAGUGAAGCCUUAGGAAGAAAUGAGUUCAAGUGAAUAUACAAACUCUGAACUCUCUGGGGGCAGUCAGGCUAUUUGGAUUUGCAUCACUCAUAAAAUAUUGUUUGGGAAUUUAUACAGGGCAUAAUUUUAUCCAUGCUCCAAAACUUUAAUACUUUGUCAGGAAAAAAAAAACAUGUAGAGAUAGAAUGGAGAGCAAAGCACUUAAUUUUAAGCUCAUCUGUCAAAAGACUCUAUGACUACUGCUUCUGAUAUCUAAGUAUCAGUCUGCUUACAUCAUUACUGAUUGGUUCAAGGGAAUCUCUUUACGCACUUGCUCCCCUUUGUCCCCAGUGUGAUCAAACAGGAGAGCAGUGUUGUCUGCAGAUGUGCUUGCGCAGCCCUAGCUGGGCGCAAGUAAGAGUGUAACCUAUUCUGAUGUCUGGUGAACAGACAUCCAUAGCAUAGUGCAAGUAUGCCGUAAACGUUGCUUUUUAGGCAGUUUAGGAAGUUACACCAUGCAAAUUACUCGUGUGUUAACAUGCAAUACUCAAAGGGUUUUAAUUUAACUCUCUUCUUUUGAAUUCUUCAUGAUGAUUUACUGUAAAUGCUUCUCAGUUUGCAUGCCUUGAUCAUUGCUGCUAGUGAUUUUAUGUGCCAGUAGACCUGAGUUUAGUUUACCAAUUUUACUUAAUUAAAUAGUAAAAGCCACUUACAAAGUGACUGCCUAGGAUAUGUUUUUCCUUUUGUUUAAAGUAAUUGGUAAUGAUGUCUUUUUUUUUAAUGUGAUUUGUCUCUUUUAUUUGGUUCUGAUAUUUAACUCUUUUUUCCCUCUUUCCUUUGUUUUUAAAAUAAAUUAUACUGUUGGGAUUGGAAGCCCUGAGUAAUGAAAUAUUUGGUAAGAAUUGUCUAUGUAGCUCAAUAAUGAGGGCAACAAAUCUUUGUUAGAAGAAUUUUGAUUCUAAGAGGAAAGAAAAAAUAAAAAAUCUCUCAUUGACUGCUGAUAACCAAGUAAAUUUUUCCUUCAAUUGAUUAGUAGUUCUGAACAAAUGAUUGCCUUGUUUAAACUUGCUAAACACAAUUUUAAAUGACCCAAUAAAGGAGGUAUUGAAUUUUAUUCGUUUAAAAAGCAUCUUUUGUACCAAAGCAAAUUUUUUUCUCUAUUCAUCUCCAUCAUCAAUUUGGACCUAUGGUGGUGACCAAUGCGUUGGUUACAGAAACUUUAAGUGAGUGCCUUGAGAAAACUUGGAAAUUUGUGCCUGAGGUGGUAAACUUUUAAUUAGGUUAAUUGUAGUGCUUACCAAUCAGUAAUUCUACUAUCACUCAGGGCUUUCGUACCUUCUAGGUAAAACUUCUUUCAUUGUGUUUUUUUAAGAUACUGUAUUUUUUUUUAAGUGCCAUCAUUUAAAUUUCACUUAGUAAGUGGCAGAUUCCAUUAUUCAGUCCCACAAGCACAGAAACAUAGUAACACUAGGAUAUAUUUGAACAUUUAUUUUACAAUCGACUGAAUAUAUUAUGUAAAUGAGGUAAGCAACUUUUGUAGAGAUUGUAUGUGUGAGAUAAUGUAAUGUUCUUUUCCAGUUUUUGGACUACAGUUGAAUAAACUUUUUAAUUAUUUAAAAACAUCUUUACCGAAUAACAUGUGAUGGUUUUUUGUAUAAUGUAUUUGAUUUUGUAAAUACGUAUUUCCUGAUGUGAUUUUUGUGAGAAAUGCUAAAUCUUUUAGUAUAUCAUGUCCUCUCAAAAUUGGCAGGAGCUAAAUAAUAGUUUGUGGGCGAUUUGUAUUGUGUACUGUACAAUAACUGGGGAACUUUUAUAAUUAUAAAAAUAUAUAUUAACUUUUAGUGUGUUGUUUAAACAAAUGACUGGAACAUACUAAAGAUAUUAGUAGGAUUUUUCUGAAUAUUUCAGACUUGAACUCAGGCUAGCUUUCUUGUGUUUUUCAAAACGAAAUGGUGUCUUGUCUUUUAAAAUCAAUAAAUUUGUUUCCUUGUUACAAACCCA